GCCGCUCAAGGUUUUCGCGGACGAAACAAAAGAGCGGACACAGGAAAAACUAUAACGAUAAUAGCAAUUGAAAAUCGAAUGAUAAUAAAUUUCCUGUUCCUGUACGCUUUCAUGCGCCUCCGUUCAAGGAUACGGAUAUCCUGUUCGACGUUGUCCAACAUCCUUUUGCCCGAACGCGACGCAUCUAUUUUCGAUGCCCGUCGGUCGGGGGGGUUGAACCGCACCACCGCACCGGAAAAGGGUAGUUUCCUGUUUCUAAAUUUACUCCCCGCACUCGACAGAUAAAAAUUAUGAAACGUAAACAAAGCACGAGGAAAGUUCGGCGGUGAUCUAAUGAAACAGGAAACGUGCUAAUUUCCAACGCAUCGUCUUGAAUAAAUACAUAACUAAUAAACAAUGAAUCACUGCUCGAUUAGUGGGUUAAUUCGAUUCGAUUUCGUUUGCAGACUCAAAAUAGGCCAUCUAAAGUCGAACACAGAAAUGGCUCUUCAGGCUGCUGAAAUUCCGGUCCGGUACGGAACCGAAUCCAGGUUGUCCUACACCUCUUACACCGACGUCGAGGACAAUCUUCCCAAAGAUCCCCGCACGUGGAGCAGGGAGCAUGUGGCACGUUGGCUGGACCACGUGACCAGCCAGCACGGCUUACCCCAAGUGUCCACCUCCAAGUUCCUCAUGAACGGCAAGGCGUUGUGUCUGAUGUCCCCGGGGAUGUUUCUGUCUCGCGUCCCUGUGGGGGGCAAGUUAUUGUACAAAGAUUUCCAACUGAGGCUCUGCAGCGCACUUUACAAUUCCAAUUAAUUUCUUAUUGUUAUUUAUUACUUAGAUUAUCUUACACAUUUCAUUGAUAGUGAUUUUUUGGUAUAUAUUUUCUGAGAACUUGUAAGACUGUACACUAUUCCAAAUGUAUUAUAGUUUUAGGCUUAGUUUAUUGUGUUGUGUUGGCGGCAGCACACAGUUACCAAAAAACAGUUCACCACUUUUAUUUUAGUUACUGUAUAUUUUUACUAGUCAUGUAUAUAAAGUAUUUUUAUUCUUUGAAAAUAAAUGAAUUAUUUAAUUUUA